AUGCUCUCCAGGAUUGCCUCUCGUGCUGCUAGUACUCAUGCUCCCCGUGGCCUCUCUGCUGUUCUCCAAAAGAAUCCAGACGACGUCGUCAUUACCUUCGCUAAGCGUACCCCCGUUGGCCGGGCAAAGAAGGGCCAGCUCAAGGAUGUGCCUAUCGACGAGAUGCUCCAUGCCCUGUUCAGAGCGGCUCUUCAAGAAACCAAGCUAGAUCCAGCAAAGAUAGACGAUAUAUGCGUCGGCACCUGCCAUCCACCAUCGCCUUUGUAUGCCUCCAGAGCAGCUGCAUUGGCGGCUGGGAUCCCUAGUCACGUCCCAAUAUCCACAGUGAACCGAUUAUGCUCCUCUGGUUUGAUGGCUAUUCGCAACGUUGCCCAUUCCAUCAUUGUCGGUGAAGCUUACCCUUGCAUGAGUCUCAACCCAAGACCUACUCCCGAAGUCAUUCCGGACGUCCAAGAUUGUAUCCAACCUAUGGGUUGGACAUCUGAAAUGGUCGCCGAGACUUACAAGGUCUCCCGUCAGAAGCAAGAUGAAUACGCACUUAUUUCGCACACACGCGCCAACGAAUCCAUUGUCAAAGGUAUAUUCAGAGACGAAAUCAUUCCCGUCUCAAUCAGAGGCAACAUCAUCUCCACCGACGACACAGUCCGUCCUGGGGUUACCCUGGAGUCUUUGUCAGGUCUCAAGUCUGUCUUCCCUAACUGGGGUGAAGCCUCGACGACCGCUGGUAACGCUAGUGGUGUUGGAGAUGGUGCCGCUUUGUGUAUUAUGACGACGCGAGCGAAUGCAGAGCAAGAGGGCAUGGAUAUCGUAGCCAAAUGGGUUGGCAGUGCGAUCGUCGGUGUCGAACCCAGGUACAUGGGCAUCGCACCCGUUUAUGCCAUUCCCAAGUUGCUAAGCCAAUUUGGUCUGACGAAGGAAGAGGUUGAUCUCUACGAGAUUAACGAGGCUUUCGCGUCACAGUUCGCUUACUGCGUAGAGCAGCUGGGUAUACCUAUUGAGAAAAUUAAUCCCAACGGUGGUUCAAUUGCCGUAACCCAUCCUCUUGGAAUGACCGGCGUCCGCCAAGUCGUCACAGGUUUGGCUGAACUGAAGCGUAAUGACCAGAAGAUCCUCGUUACCAGCAUGUGUAUAGGAAGUGGUAUGGGAGCUGCUGGCAUGUUCGUCAACGAGGCGCGCCGUUGA